AUGGAUUGGAAAGAGAUAGUAUUCCUUCUCAUCUCAGCAUGUGGCCUCUUCGCUGACCUUGCCCUAGGCUCAAGUGAACUUCUGAUGGUGCAAACAGUAAGUAAUAUAUUCAAAAAGUUUUCACUCUGACCGGAUUCAAGGUUUUCCGUCAUGGCCGCCGAGCACCGGCCACUCAGUUUGCAACCGACGAAGCCAAAACGUUUUUCUUCCGCGGCCUUGGCCACUUGACCGAUGUUUAAUUAGUUUCUGAACGUUUGACUGUUUUUUUUCUUGCAGGAAGGCUACCUUCAAGCGGAAUUUCUCGGGAAACUACUGCGAGAACGAUACGUCAACAAUUCUUUUCUAGACGGACGCAUGCUGCCAAAUCAAGUACUGUAAACGAAAAAAAUUCAAGUUUAAAAGUUUGAAAAAAAAGUUUGUUAGGGAAACAUCUUUGGAGUCUUAAAAACUUUUUAUUUUUGAACAGAUGUCUCCUAGACCUUCUAUCCGUAUGCCUCAAUAAUUCUUGAAACUAAGAUUCUGUUCCGAAGUAGCGACGCUGAAAGAUGUUUGAUAACGGCGCAAAUGGUUGGACGAGGAAUGUUCCCGAAUUUCGCCCCAGCAGUUUUUACGACCCCUGAAGAAGACGAUUAUGUAGGAAAACUAUCGAUUCUACAAUGAAUGAUUUUUUUAAAGCUUCUCCGACCAAAAUUAAACUGCCCUGGAAUGAUAGCUGAAAUGCAAAGAGCAUUUGAUGUGGAUUCUUCCCAACUGGAGAACCAAGAACUUCCGCUCGUAAAAAUAUAUUGAUUAAUUCGAGUUUUAAGCAAAAUUCAGCUUGUUUUCACGGGAAAAGCAAUGGAAGCAGCUUACAACCAGACAAAAAGUAUUCGUCAAGAGUUCACGUCCAAAAUAACUUCUCUUAUAAUUGAGGUUUUUAUUUUCAAAAAAACGAAGUUUUUAAAGAACGCUUAGAAAGAAGCUGGAGUCGCAGUUCCUUCCUGGUUCAACGAAGAAGCUUCGAAAGAAGCCUACCUUCUUCUUUACCACGUAUGCGAGAAACUUAUUCGAUGAUACAGAUUAUAUUUAGGCGAUAUCUGUUAUGAGUGGAACUGGACCAUACAAAAGAGCUUCGUGGAUAAAACCGAAAUCUGGAUUUUUCUUGAACACUUUGAUGUUUGACAUACGGCAAAAAGUCGAGUGUUUGAAAAACCCUUCUUUGAAACAGUGCGGAAAAAUCCGCAAGUUUUAUGCAUACAGCACGGUAAAAUUUUAUGACGGAACUAUUUUCCACUUCAUGCUUAUUCAGCACGAUAUCGUGCUCAUGCCUCUGCUCGAGUCGCUUGGAGCAAGGGAAGCUGCGGUUGGUGUGAAUGCCGUCACAGAUUACUGUUCCACACUUGUGAUCGAAUUAUGGCUCAUCAACGAUCAUCCGGCAGUAAAGGUAAGGAGAAUAGUUUCUUUUCAAGAAGUUUGAACUUCGUUGAAGGUUCUGUACCGCAGAAGUCCCGAUGAUGAAGAGUUCACAACUGUAACUGAAUACAUUACUGGAUGCCCUGCCGGUGAACAAUUCUGCAAUGCAGAAAAGUUCACAUCCUGUUGUGAUGAGUUCAUCACUACAUCUCCCAAAGCGGAGUGCUGGGUGAGUUUCGGAAAAGAAAAUCUUGACGGGAAAGAAUUUCAGGGCGCUCCGUUAGAUUGGAACUUCAACGGUACGUUUGCAAUUUUCCAGUUUUAAACAAGUUGGAAGUUUUGGAUAGCUUUUGACUUGAUUCAAAUAUUUUUAAGAGUGAUCUCUUUGAAAAAUAUUCUCAUACUCUUUUGUGAAAAAGAAGAACUUCUACUCGUUCACCAAAAAGUCGUGAAUCCUCAUAGUUUUUUUUUAAAUUUCAUGAGCGACAAAGGAGUUCCAAACUGGAUUAUUUCAAUCAAAGUUUGUUAAUCUUUAGCUUCAAACAAAAAUUGUGUCAAAAAAGAUUCUAACACCUCUAUGGGAUUUUUCUAUUAAUCUAUCGAAUAUUCCUUGAACCCCUUUUUUACAGCACUCAGCUACCUUCUGGUCGGAGUCAUAGCCUUACUCAUCGUCCUUUCAAUCUUCCUUGUUUGGAAAAGUAUCAGAAGGAGGAACACCAGCAAAGUCGAAAAAAACGUGAAAUAA